AUGGGUAUCAUGGAGAAUAUGUUCGGCAAGAAGUUUAAUACUCCCAUCAUGAAGCCGAUGGCACCGUUCUUUGUGGCCGGCAUCGUCGUCUUCUACGGCAUCAACAGCUUUGCCAAUCUCCUCGCGAGCACCGACGAGUUCAAGAACGACCCCCGCAACCCCGCCGCGAAGAAGAACAUCGGCCAUUAA